CAGGGUCCAGGAGGGGCGUCUAAACUUGGAUAGCCCCUCAUUCCCAACUCCCCUGGGAGAGCAGUCAGCUGUCCUAACCGCAUUGCUCAGGAGGGUAGCUCAUCGGCUCCAAAACACAGUCUGACAAGGGGAGAUUGCAAAAGCUCCCUGCCUCCCCACCCCCACUCCUGGCCAGCAUCAAAGGACAUAUAAGCGAGGCGCCCUGCCCAGCCCUGGAGAACACGAGAAGUUUCUGGGCGCUGAUGUUUAUUUAAGCUGCUGCCUGGGCUCGGAGAAAAGGACAGAAGAGAGAGACAGGCGGCCCCAAAGGGUACUGGUGCAUACCUCUGCUUGCCUGCCUGGUCUCCAGAGAGAAUCCACCCCGAGGUCUGAAGGGGGGGGCUGGGCACUUCUGCCAUCUGCAAGCCACUGGGCACUCGCUGGUCUCUCCCCUCCCUCUAUCCACCUUCACUUGCCUGGGUUUAAAGCCCUUGGAGAGUUUUGGCAAGGGGAGGGCAUAUCUGGAGGGAUUCCUGUCGCUCCGGUUUGGCAUCCGUAUCCUCCCCCCAGGGCUGAAGCAGCCUCUCUGAGGGUGGACUCUGGUUUUGGGGAGGGGCCUUGGAUGGUUAUUUGCUGAGAAGCCACACAGGGAGCCAGAGGCAGGGCCAGAAGACUCAACUGUUAACUGCUGUCCUGGGCCCAUAGUGCCCAGCUAAGGCUCUUGCCACUGUUUGGGAGUCGGAGGGGGGCCACUCUGCCCUGACCCAGGCCCGCAGCCAUGGCCGAUGGCCAAAUGCCUUUUUCUUGCACCUACCCUUCUUCCCGCCUGAGGAGAGACCCUUUCAGGGAGUCAGGCCUGUCUACCCGCUUGCUGGACGAUGAUUUUGGCAUGGCCCCUUUCCCGGACGACCUGACUGCGGACUGGCCCGACUGGGCCCGCCCCAGACUGUCCCCAUGGCCAGGCACCCUAAGGGCAGGCAUGACUCCCUUGGUCCCCAGCAUGGCCUCCAUCUAUGGGGCCAGGUAUGGGCCUGUUGAAAACCGAAGCCCACCCCCCUGCCCUGGGGAGCCUUGGAAAGUCUGUGUCAACGUGCAUAGCUACAAGCCAGAGGAGCUGACUGUUAAAACCAAGGAUGGCUUUGUGGAGGUAUCAGGCAGACAUGAAGAAAAGCAACAAGAAGGGGGAAUUGUUUCCAAAAACUUCACAAAGAAAAUCCAACUCCCAGCUGAGGUGGACCCAGUGACAGUAUUUGCUUCCCUCUCCCCUGAGGGCCUCCUGAUCAUCGAAGCCCCCCAGGUGCCUCCUUACUCUGCAUUCGGAGACAGCACCUUACGCAACGAGCUGCCCAUGGACAAGCACGAAGUCCCCUGCGCUUGAAGAGGCCUGCAGAAGAAGAGUUCUCCUUCUCUCCCUCUCCCUUCCUUCCCCCAGACCCAAGAGAUUUCUCUCUGAUUCCAGAUGCAAUUACAUUAGCUCGAUAGAGGUGUAUGUUGGAUAGAGAAGAUUGUUUUUCUGCCUUUGUGAUUGAGUGGGCCUCCCAUCUGGAAGCAUCCUUACCCAGAGUGCUUACCUACUGAUUGCUGUCCUGCCCCGUCCUGAGGAGGUCUGGCCCUCAGCUUCUCCCAGGACAGAGAGCCGGCCCUGCACCACACCAGGUGGGCCAGCGAUGACAGCCCAGCUGCUUGCUUCCAAACCUUGUACCCCUUUUCCCAGGACCCAAAGCCAAGCCC